GGGACUGCUUGGACUGCUGGGACUCGGCGCGCGCAUUUGCUGGUACUUCCGGUCGGUGGCGACCAAUGGGAGGCCUUCUUCGUGCAAGGAGUCGGGUUGCCAUGGCGACGAACAGCUGGCCGGCUGUAAUGUGUGAUGUGGGGCCCCGAGACAAAUCUGACAAACGCCAAAUAGUUGCCGAGACGCAUGGUUCGAAAAAAUGGAGGGUCUCCCUUUCUUACCGGGCUACAGUUUCCGCGACCCAACAAGAACAAAGCACCACAUAUCCCAUGCAUUUGAUUUAGUCAAUGGCUACCGAAUCCCAAAGACUAAUUCAAAUGUCAUCGGAGCAGGAAAGUAUCCUAAGGAUGUUGAUUCGGUCAGUUAUUAUAAUGCCAUUCCAUCAGUCAGAUAUGACCCAUCUCUCACAUAUGGGCGGGUUCAAACUUACCCUUACAAGCAAUUCAAGCCCCACUACGCACACUAUGAUGGAAAGAGCCUCUGUUUUCGAGCCUAUUUCAAGCAAUCAAUUCAUGAAUCUCCUGAUGAACAUUACAGAGUGAGAAAAGUAAAUAUUGUGUACUUUCUUGAGGACGACACAAUAUCAGUCAUAGAGCCCACUGUUACUAAUGCAGGUUUUGCCCAAGGCAAGAUAGUAAGACGUGGCAAAAUACCUAAAGAAAUUGGAGGCAGCUUCUAUCAUUGGAAAGACUUCAAUGUGGGGAUUGAUGUCUCAUUCUAUUCUAUUGUUUAUCAUAUUGUGGAUACUGAUAUUUAUACAAGAGAAUUUAUGCAAAGUCAAGGCAUAGAAAUGGGCCCCCCUGAAGAAAUGCCUCAAGAUCCAUACACACAGAAGAGACUGGAAAAGCUGCCCAUUACAACUAUGAAAACUCCUUUUGUAGAUGAUAAGCUUCGUCGCUUUCUUGAAUAUGAUGGAAAAAUUUUGAGAUUCUAUGCUAUUUGGGAGGAUGACUCGGAACUUGGAGGAAAACGAGAGUUUGUGAUUCACUAUUACCUAGCAGAUGACUGUGUUGAGGUCUGUGAAGUGCACAAGAAAAAUGAUGGUAGAGAUCCUUUCCCAUUACUGUUGCACAAGACCAAGGUUCCCAAAAAUUGGAAGCAGAUUCCUUUGACAUACCCCUCUAUGUACCGAGAACUAACAGAGGAAGAAGUUGAGGAAUUUUAUAGUCCAAAAGAUUUCUUGGUUGGAGAGACUGUUUUCCUAUACGCCAGGCGGUUUUUCAUCUAUGAUUGUGAUCCUUUCACACGAAAUUACUUCAGAGAGUGCCUCAGUAUUGAACAGAAGAACAAAAUCCAAGUUGAACAUCCUGCACCUCCACAACCACAGUACCCUCACCCACCGCACACAGGAAUUGGAUCGAUAGAAGACACCAUCCAAAAUGUUCUCAAAGUCAUCCCAAAGGCUCCAAAGAAGGAUGUCAUUCGCAUGCUUCACAAUGCUAACAAGAAACUUCGAUAUACAGCUGUUCUGGAUAGAGUGCACCCAGAAGACGAACAACGAGCUUUUGUGCUCAUUUAUUAUCUAUCCAACGGAGAAUUGGAAAUUAUGGAGCCUCCUCAGAGAAACUCUGGCUACACAUUCACCCGAUUUUUGCGCCCAACGCACAUUCCUAAGCCAAAUACAAGCAGAGAUGAUCCAGAGUUCUACACGCCAGCUGACUUCUACAUAGGAGCUAUGAUAUCAGUCUUUGAGCAUAGAUUUUUGAUAACUGGUGCAGACUUGGCUGUAUACCGAUACAUGCAAGCAAAUCCUGACAAGUUCCCAGAUAGCACCAUUAAUAAUGUGCGGAACUACAUGGUCCAGCAAGGAUAUAUUAGAGAAGAAAUAGAAGAUAAAACAAAAUUAGACAUCAAAGCUCAGACUAAAGAGUGUUUGGAUGUGGCCUGCUGUGAUCCAUGUUUAGAGCCCAAAACUUCUCAGGGUAUGGGAGACUACAGGCCUUUUGGAAUGAAGAAAUUUGAGGAUGACUGCACCCAUGUACAAGAUGUGCCACAACACCUUAACUAGGAUCAGUGUAUUCAAAGGUAUAAUAAUUCUGUGAAAAGACAAGACAAUCAAAUUAACAAAUCAAUUAUUAUUAUUGAAUGAAAUAAAUAAUCUGAUUCUGAUCA